UCUUGACCAGACAAUCGAUAAGUCUAGUCCCCUGGCUCGACUGUCAUUACGCAAAAAAUUAGUUUUUUUCUGUGAAGCUUGCGAAGGACCUAUUUUUCAUCAUUAUUAUUUUUUCGUAUACUACGCUAACAAUGGUUGACCCCGAUGUUCACCCGCAAUACAAAGAACUGCAAAUAGGGGAUAAAAUUACCAAAAAUGGUAAUAAAAGCAUCCCGCGGGAAAUGUCGCCCAGCAUUGAAAGAGAUGAAAAUUACAUCAAGCCAAGUCAUCACAUAAGCCGUUCACGUUCUCGUCGACUAACAACAAAUAGUGUUAAUUCAAUUAUAAAUCAUGAAACUGAUGGGUAUGCUAAGAGUUUCUUCCCUAUGAGCAUGAGUUCAACUUCUGUUUGUAGUUCUGGAUCUGUAAAAUAUCCAUAUGAUCUCAACGCACAGACAUCGUCGUCUAUAAGUGGACAAUCAGAUGUAAAAAAUUCCACCGUGAGCUCAAGCACAAGAUCUAUUUUCAGAUUCGAAAGCUCUGGCUCCGAAUCAAAAUCCUCAAGUUCAACAUCAACAUCGACUUCGUCAUCGUCGAAAUCAGCUUUGACACCAAAUGAACAAAAUGUAGAAAAUAAUGUCAGGGACACUUUGCCCUUGAGUCAAAACUAUCCCGGACCGAGAUCUAUUAACUGCAGCAACCCAAACUCUUUUUCAAUUAUCUCCAAUGAAGCAAUACCUUCGACUAGUCAGAUUGGCGGCAUGGGAGAAAGGGAUGACCAGGGUAGUAUCGAUUCUGAAGUAAUUUAUAGCAUCAGAGAAUCAACUUCACUAAUUGAACUCAAAGACAAUUCCAAUACGAUCAUUGACGAAGAUCAUAAUCAAGAAUAUAAUAUUGGAGGGAACGUAUUGCCUACGGGUCCCAUUUCUUGUUCCAAUUUUGAUUGCCAACCCGAAGAAAGUAUCCCAGCUCUUACGUCCCAGGACAUGUUGCCUAGACAAAUUUAUAGACGAAGCCUGUCACCAAGGUCGAAAGAAGUAGCAAAUGGAACAAGUAAUGAGAAGGAACUAGAACUUUGCUCGAUGCAAUAUUCUUCAACGAUGAUGAUAGAAAAUCAGCACUGUGGAGAAAAAAAUGACAUGGAACAGGAUCUGCGCCCAUUGCAAAAUUCUUUGGUUUUACCGCCACCAUUCAAAAGUAUGACUGAGAUCUUAAAUCCAAGAAAAGUGCCUUUCAGUCUCAGCUCUAACGAACGCCCAAACUCGAAUUUAGAGUAUGAAUCAAAUGGAGCAAAUUAUAACCAGGAGAAAACUUUGUCCGAAUUGCGAUAUAGUACAGAUCCAAUGGGAUCCAAUGACUUGGUGUAUGCUUCUUCUGAUAGUCUCGAUAUUGUUUCCGAGUUCGAUGAUAAUCCAGAGAAUCAGCAGCCUGGUGGAAAAGUAAAUGCUUAUAAGAAGUCGCCCGAGAAGGAGUUGUUCUCCAACAGUGGAAUGCAAGUUUCGCAAGUUCUAGAUACUUCACAUUCCGUAGAAUGCGAACAACGUAAAAUGUUUGGAAAAGAGGUAGCAGUUAAGUUUCAGUCCACUAUACCAACUGAUAAUUGUGGACUUCUUAAAGGUCCAACUCAUUUUUUGAAGAUGCCUUCUUUCAUACCCGUGGAAUCCAAGCCAUACGUGCCUCAAACCUUUGAGAAUCGCAUGACUAAAGAUGAUUUAAAGGAUGAACAGGCGCGCGAGGAUUUCUUAAAUCGUCUAAGGGCAACUGUUAGGUGGCGAGAGGACGAAAACAAAGUCAAGGAGUCGAAUUCGAAAAUUGUUCGCUGGUCCGAUGGCAGCGAGACUUUCCAUGUGGGCGAUGAGGUUUUCGAUGUAAUGCACCACCCGGUGACCGAUAACCAGAACCAUUUGUAUGUUCGCCUGGCCAGCUGCUACCAGCCUCAGGGAACGAUCAAGGAUAAGAUGACGCUGCGUCCCAUGCUGGACUCCAGUUUCGGGCAGAGCCAUGUCCAGGGGUUGCGUAAUCGAACCACCAAUAAGCCGCAACAGGGGUGCGUCAAGGUGAUAAUGGACUUGGGUUCCAACCCCGAGCAGGAUCAGGAGUGGCUCAUGAAGCAGGAACUGGCAAAGCUUCGCCAGGAGGAGCGUGGAAACCGACGUGAGAUGAUCAAGAAUCGGCAUUUGAAACGUGGCAAGCCCUACCAGGGCUCAGAUCGCAAUGUGGCUAAAAAGUCAGAGACAUUCCAAGAGGACGAUUCAGUGGACGGCGAGGCAAACUUUGAGGACGAGGAUAUGGAUAGAGCAAUGGGCCCAGAGGAACCUACCGAUGAUUACAUGGACGACGAACCUUCUUGCAGCACACCGAAGUCCAAGGAGGGAAAGCAAUCCAUUAACGAAGACGGUUUCCCGAUCGGAGGUGCUAUCCGCAAGGCCAGGCGGUUGGUCUAUUCUGAUUUAAGCUCGGACUAAAUAUUAAAUAGCCGUUGGUUACGAAUCUGAAUAAACAUAAGGCAUUAGCCAGCCCACAACAAA